UUCAUUUUUGAACCGGCUUUUGGCAGCACAACUUCUUCAGUGUCGCUCCAGCAGUCCUCACACAAACUCCAAAACCAAAAUGAGUUCCACGGAAAACAACGCCGAAGUGGCUGUUGAGAACGUCAAGGAGAACAACGACAAAGUUGUUUCCGACGCCAAGGCGGAAAUCAAGGGCACCAAGAGGCCGGCGGAGGACAAAGAUGACGAUGUGAAAAAACAGAAAAAGGAGGAGAAUGGUGACGACGAUGAGGUCGAAGAUGAGGAGGAUGUUGAAGGAGAGGAUGAGGAUGAAGAAGAAGAAAUUCCUGAGGGUGAAGAGGAGGAAGAUGAUGAUGCAGAGGGUGAGGGAGAAGCAGAAGAUGGUGACGACGAUGACGACGCAUAAGGUUCAAAAACUUAACAGUAAUUUUUGAAACAACAGAGACACUGGUACCAUGACCACAUGAUCAUGGACUGAUUUACCUGCCACCCUCCCCUGCACUUGGGGGUAUGGAGUGGCCAUCAUUGCGUUAUUUAUGUUUAUACUUUCAAAUGUACCCCUCACAUUCACCACCACCAAUCACAACUGCUGUUUCGAGACUUUUAAACACUCCCGAGAUGUCGAGUUGGAGAACUUAACUUGUUGAAUCAAAGUCCGAGUGUUGAUUGUGUGACUUGUGCGUACGACUGUAUGACGAUGCAAGCGAGUUCCGCGAAAUUUCCGCCCUCAUGGCCAGCUCAUCCAUUAUUCCGAGUCUGGGAGGUCAGUCGGAAUCUGGCAGGACCCGAUUCACCUUCCAGCUCGCAACAGUCAAACAACCGGCCAGCCUCGACUCUCGAAAACGGACCACCUGCACUCCAGAAACAGCCAGUCAGGACUGUCGUCAGUUGUUCUUUGCCCACUCUUUACCCCUAAGUACUUAGUAUGUAAAGCAACAAAUUUUGAGAUAUUUGUAUGGGGAGAUAAUAAUUUUUUAUUAGACACACACACACUUGAAUAGGAAACAUGCAAAAACACACACUUAAGAUCAUCCAUCAUUCUUGCUAGCCAACGAUUUUUGUUCCACGAUACUAUUCAGUUCGCUGCCCAGUUUGCGCUCGCUUAAGUUUUGAAUCACACACGAGAUGCUUUUCCCAAUGCCUGUUUGCCCUCCUUAUUUUUGGUACUCUCACACACAUACACAUCCCUAUUAUCAUUUCAUGAAUUAUUUUGUAAACGGUUGGGUAGUUGAAAAAAGAACAGAAUGAAAUGCCUAGAAUAGACUUUUAAAUUGUAAGACGUAAUUUGUACAAAGGUCUCUCCCAAAUAUUGCAAAAUAAACCUCUUAAUAAAACUGAUCUUUGCAUUUGACGAAUCAAUCCAAUGCCUGCCUUGGUAUUCAGACAAAUUUUUUUUAAUUUUAUUUAUUUCGAGGCAAUAAAAAGGAACACGAAAAAAUGUUUGCUUCUUUUUCUUUGCUUAAAUCACAUCUCUCACAUCAUCAGUUAAAAUGAUUCACCCCUUGCGUCAAAAAGUGCAUGGUUACAAAGCAGUAUAAACAAAUAAUACAUAAAUAUUAAAGAAAAGUGGAGCGACCUCUGUUUUGGUACUGAUUAUUGGUAAUAAACAUAGAGAAAGACUUAAUAGGAAGGAUGCUCUACUCAAUUAAUAACCAAGUUGCAGUCCCGCCGUCGAUGACGGCAUUUAUGUUUGGUGUGUUCACAUCCAGUCAUUGUGUAACUUUGUAAAUGACCAAAAACUGUCAUAGUGUGCAAGAAACAAUUAUUACACACGGCCAAAAACGAAACCACUUUAAACAAUUCAGGUUGAGCCACGCGCUGGCUCGAUAGACGCCGUGGAGAGAGGAAAAUCAUAAAAGUCAUGUUUGUCUCACUUGUUUAUCGGGGUCACAUACAAAGAUCAUUAUUUGGUUGAUCGACUAGGUGACAGAAAGAUGAUACUGACAAAAUAAAUUUUAUUUAAAUUA